GGUCAGGGUAUGAUAACUGAUAAACCCUAACAGGAAGUUUUUGCCUUCAAACCCACACCAACAGCACCGCGCAUUCCCUUUUGCCUUGCUGCUGUCACAGCUCGAGCGGUAGCGAGGCCAGUUGAGGCGAUUUCUGAACGUAAUCACGAUGGUGAACGUUCCGAAAACCAAGAAGUCCUUCUGUCCAGGGAAGGCGUGCAAGAAGCACACCCUCCACAAGGUCACCCAGUACAAGAAGGGAAAGGAUAGUUUGUACGCACAAGGUAAGAGGAGAUAUGACAGGAAACAAUCAGGAUACGGAGGUCAGACCAAGCCUGUCUUCCACAAGAAGGCUAAGACUACCAAGAAGAUUGUACUGAGGUUACAGUGCCAGGCUUGCAAGCACGUGACACAACAUCCUAUCAAGCGAUGCAAGCACUUCGAGAUCGGAGGAGACAAGAAGGGCAAGGGAACACAACUCUUCUAGACAGUGUUGUUAGAAUGUUCUCCUUUUAGAAUGCGGAAAAGAAGCAAUGACUUCAAUAUCAACUGAGUGAAAUACUCCAAAGAAAAAAUUGGUUAUAUUGUUGACUUCUCCUCAACAAAGCUACUGGGUGGAGGUGCUUGCUUGUCACGUCGGAAACACUCUUAUUUACAUCAGCUUGCCUGUGGCGACAUCACUGCAUUACAUACACAAAUUCCUUGCGUACUUUGAAAGGGCAGUGAAGAGGAGCAGAAGGUAGCAGUAUGAACAUGAAGAAUCUAGACAAAUGAGUAGGAAAAAGAAUGCGAAAUGUUGAAGUAUA